CUGCUAUGCAGAAUGGUACUUCCCAUUAGCUAUGUAUGGACCGCUCUUCGAAAUUGCACUGCAAGGAAUACGAGUUCUAGGCAGCUAUUUGGCUGAUGCGGAGUUGGAGUACCCCGCCAGAGCUUCAGAUCCCACUUCGUCCACGUCGCUGCCUCACCAUAAACAACGUACUUGACAUCCUACUCAGCCCAGCAAUCAUGCCACUGCACCUCCGCCAUGCCGUCGAAUCCGACAUCGACCAAAUGAUCGACGUCUUCCUCUCCGGCUUCGCCAAAGACGCCGUCGUAGCGCGCUGCUUCCCAAACAGGCCCUCCAUCAGGACCUUCCUAGCCACCGGAUACCGCCGCACCAUCCCCGAUCCAAACAUCCACUCAGUCGUCGUCGUUGAUACAGACCUCCCGGACUCCCCGAUAAUCGCAUACGCGAGCUGGGUCGCACCCCACACACCAAACCCAGACGAGCCAGAACAUCCCCGCUACCCGCCAGACGGCGACGACCUCGCCCUGGCCUCCUUCUUCUUCCCGCAUCUGCAAGAAACCCGGGAAAAGAACAUGGCGGGCCGGACGUUCUGGUAUCUUGCUACCCUCGUCUGCCACGAGGAGCACCAGGGGCGGGGCGCGGGGAAGAUGCUGAUGCGGUAUGGCGUUGAGCAGGCGGAGCGCAUGCAGGCUGAUAUGUAUGUUGAGGCCUCUCCGCCGGGUGUGCCGCUUUAUCAGCGCUUUGGGUUUAAGGAGGUUGGGAGGGUGGUUGUUUUGGAUGGCCUGCAUACGGAGUUGUUUAUGUUCAGGGAGUUUCCGGGUGCGGGUUAGAGGGUGGAUGUCAUGUCUAAUAGCGUAAAUACUAGCCAAGAAUGUAAAUAACUUGGAUUUUUACCAACGAAGCGAUUAGGAAUGGCCCUGCGCAGUAUAGAGGUGCACAGCGAGAUGGUGACAGGCCCUCUCGGUAUUCUGACUUGGUUAGAUAUGGACGGAAAAGAACAAAUUGAGCUUUUCUUGAUUUUGUACUUUGGUAUUAUUGCUGAAGGAAUAUCCUUUAUCUGUCCUCAAUACCUGGGUUAAUAAGUUACAUCUGAACAUCUUUCCGCUGAGGUUCAUUUCCUAUUAAUUCUGCAAUAUAAAAAUG